AUGCUUGACGACGAGAAGCCCCAGCGCAUUCUCACAGCUAAAUUCAUCACAACCGUCAACGAGCACCACAUCUCAUCAUUCGGCUUUUCCUUUGACGGAAGCUACGAAAACACCAAGGCCAAUAGUGGCUGGGAGCACAAGACUGCCUCUUGUGCUUUCACGCGCGACAACAUCUGCGAUGACGAGAACAAUCGCUGCAUCGUCGAAGCUGUCAAAGUCACCGAUAAUCUCUUCACAAAGUAUGCGUCCACCAAGGACCAAGAGAUCGCAGCGCGUCAGGUCGAUUUGGAUCUAUCAGCUGAGUUGGUGCAUAUUCGUAUCCCCCUCCGCACUGUUCGCGAUGGCCCAGGACAGGGAGAGAACGGUAACGAGCGCCCUCUAUUUGGUCAGGCACUCUUUUCGAACCUUGAUUUCGGCGACUCCAACGCUUGUCUCCUCGUGUAUCAUGAUCUUCGCGAGCAAGGCAUGAACCCAUUCUAUCCUAUCGUCAUUCGUCGCCACAUGGGAGAGACCGAGGUCCAUGUGUACUACGGAGAGUUCAAGCGCCAGCGCGAGCUGAAGCUCAAGCAG